AUGCCGCUAAACAAACCCAAAACAGUUCUUUCUUUCCUUGAUUCCUUUUUCUUCACGGAAUUAUUCAUUUCUUGGAAUGCAUCGUCAGGAAUUUUUCUUCCUUUUUUCUUUUUCGACACUUUCUUAAAUUCUUGCUUGAUUUCGCAAUUUAUCCUUUACUUUCUAUCCUUCUUCUUCUUCUCUCUCUCUCUCUCUCAUAUUCUUUGGUGCCUUUCUUUUUCAAAUAUCUUUUUUUUAAACGCUGACUCACCACGUUUGACAUUUCAUCUCCGGAAAAUUUACUUCAUCUAUCUAUCUAUCUAUCUAUCUAUCUAUCUAUCUAUCUAUCUAUCUAUCUAUCUAUCUAUCUAUUUCAGUCUUUUUCAUUAUCUAUCUAUCUAUCUAUCUAUCUAUCUAUCUAUCUAUCUAUCUAUCUAUCUAUCUAUUUCAGUCUUUUUCAUUAUCUAUCUAUCUAUCUAUCUAUCUAUCUAUCUAUCUAUCUAUCUAUCUAUAUUCAGUUUUCUAUAUUUUUUUUUGUAUGGAUUUUAG